UAUAUAUAAUUAAGACCCAUAUUUAAACACUCUUAAAGCAUCUUUACUGUAAAGUGUUUGAGAACAUUCAGAAAAAUAUCGCUUAACCGAAGUUAAAUUAAUACGCUUCUGGCUUAAACGCAAAGUAAAAGAACUUCCUGUAAGUCACUUAUUUUACACAAAUUCUAAUCAAAAUAAAACAUUUAUCAAUAUACAAAUAAAACAUCAAAGGCAAUGCAAAUAUCCAUAAAAAUCAAAUAAGACUAUAAAGGUUUGGUCCAUCAGACGAAACAUUAUCAAAGAAUAAAAGGUUACAGGAAGUUGUAAUAUAGAUGCACACGCCUAUUGUAGUUGGCGGGGUUCAGGGACAAAUGAGACGCCCGUAUUUUACGGUGACUGUGUUUGAUUGGACGAUUUAAAACAAAAACACGCCCACCUGUGAUCCUUUAUUUAUUUACGAAACCGAACUCUUGAGUCAUUCAGUGGGUUUUUAUAUAUAUAUAUAUAAACGAAAGAAUGCACAGGCAAAUACAGUAAUUGGACUGGUUACUGAGGGAAUAUUCCGUCUACUGCAACUUUGACAGAAAAAAAAAGACUAAAUACUUUGAACUCGGCUACCGAUGAAAGUGGAGGACCGCAAGAUGAACCAAGGAACUUGCUAGUGAAAGGCAAAAAAAAACCGGCACACUUCUGUGCACCGUUCUACUGGUGUUACUCUGUGUUUUUAUCAUAAAUUAUGAAAUCCACGUCCCUGACGCUUCUUUUCUACACGAUCGGUGUUUAUGCUCUUAACACAUUUGGAGCUACAUGCAGGCAUGGUGAAUAUCUAUCAAAAGUUGGAGAAUGCUGUCCAAUGUGUAAUAAAGGGUUUGUGGUUCUCAGAGACUGUAUUGGUGAUUACAGUACAAUAUGUGCUCCUUGUACUAAAGGAACGUUUAUGAAUGUGCGUAAUCGUCUGUACACAUGUUUUCUAUGUAAAACCUGUGACAGAGGGCUUUACAUUUUGCAAAACUGUAGCACAAUAAAGGACACAGUCUGUGAGGUCUUGGAUGGGUAUUACUGUGUACAGCACUCAGAUGGAGAAUGUUCUCUUGCAAUGAAACACAGUGAGUGUAAACCAGGAGAACAAAUAAUAACUCCAGGCAAUAAAUCCUCAGACACAGUUUGUGAAGCGUGUCCAUUAGGAUUUUAUUCCCCUAAAGGUGUGAGAUGCUUUAAAUGGAAUGACUGUUCACUCAAUAAUGAGAUUGUGGAUGAAGAAGGCACUUCUAUUACAGAUGUUAAAUGCAAAAGUUUAAGGAAGAGAUUUGGUCUUAUAGCAGCUUUUGUUCUUAUAGCAGCUUUUCUCUUACUAUUAUUAUCUUCAUGUUUGAGGCACAGUGGACACACAAGUGAGUUGUGUUCGGUGUUAACUUCCAUUUUUAACCUUGUUUACAAAUCUAUACUGUAUAAUAUUCCUAUCUAUAUUGUAAGUGCUUAUUUUCCUUUUCCUUGUUUUACAGGUAGAGAAUUAAGAGUAAAUGCUGACUUUAAAUAACAUUUGUUUUUCCAUAUUGAUAAAGUUCACACUGCUUAAAAAAGCAAAAAGCACAAAAACUUUUGUUUUUUUGCAAUACUGAUGCUACACUGUGCACGGUCUAUUAGUAGUUGUUUCUAUCAAAAGUAUUACUUGAUCCAUUUCUUAAGAUGCAGACAAUACUAGUAUUUCAUGUUACAGAAAACUGACUUUGUUAAAAAAAAAAUAUGAUAUUUACCAAUUAAACCAUAAUCGAUUAUAGCCUCCUGACGUCAUGCCAUGAAGUGGCAUCUGUAGACCUUAGAGGCAGGAUUGUGUCCAGGCACUGAUCUAGAGAAGGGUACAGAGAAGUUUCUGCAGCAUUGAAGCUCCCAAUGAGCACAGUGACCCCCCUCUUCCAUAUCUGGGAGAAGAUUGGAACCACCAGGACUCCUAAAGCGGUCCACCUGUUUUUAGUGGCAGGAACUGGGAGACUAGUCAAGAUCGAGGGAAAGAUUAAUGCAGCAAUGUACAGAGACAUCCUUGAUGAAAACCUGCUCCAGCACUCUUUGGACCUCAGACUGGUGUGACAGUUCAUCUUCCGAAAGGGCAACGACUCAAAGGCUGUGAAUACUCAUGUACAUAUGAUUUUCUUUUGUAUAUUUUUAAUACAUUUUCAAACAAACUUCUUUCACAUUGUCAUUAUGGGGUAUUG